CAUCCAUCCAUUGAUUUACAAAUAAAUUACAAUCAUGAACGAGUCUUCUCGUAAAACUGUUCGUGGAGAAGUUCUUAAACUUAUCGAGCAGAAGGAACAGUUAGAAAAUGAGAUUAAAGAAUUACAGAAUAUUUUAACCAAGAAUAAUGUUGGAAUGGAUGAACCUUUGGUGGAUAAUGAAGGGUUUCCACUUGCAUCUGUUGAUGUCUAUCAAGUCCGACAUGCAAGGCAGUUGAUAAUUUGCAAACAAAAUGAUUAUAAGGCAAUAAUGAAGCAAAUUGAGCAAGGCAUUGCACAGUAUUAUGAUAGUCCACCUAUGGAUACAUCAGAUCUCUUAGCUGCAGCACUUGAAGAGAUGCAAGCCAAUGUAAAUCAAGUUAAACAUGAAGAACCUGUAGAACAUGUGCAACCAUUUGCAUCUGUGAAUAUUGUUCAUGAAGGAUCUCCUGCUGAUGCUGCUGGCAUUAAACAGGGGGACACUAUUGUUGAGUUUGGUUCGAUAAAUUCAACAAAUUUCAGAGGCAUUGAAGACAUUGGAUCAGUUGUGCGUCAUUCGCAUGGCAACGCAAUUAUUGUUAAAUUGAAGAGAGGAGAUCGCUUCCUGCGUGUUCAAUUAUUGCCUCGGGAAUGGAAUGGUAGAGGAUUACUUGGAUGCAAUGUUUUGGCAUUAUAAAUUAUUAAUAUUUCUUUUGUGAAAUAAAAUAUAUUUCUUUUUGUAAA